AUGGCGGCGUCUGCACCCUCCUCCUCUGGCGGAGAACCGGAUCCCAACUCGACAAAUUUACGACCACCGGGCUCAAGCUAUGAUGCAUGGUGUGGAGUUGCUCAUGGGUGUACAAGAAAAUUGGGAAUGAAGAUAUGUGGAUUUUUGCAGAAGAACAACAGUCUGGAGGAGAGGAGCAGGAUUGUGAGUUCCCUCAAGGAGCGCACAGCCAAGAACCUGCUGUCCUGUGACAACAGUGGCAGAGAUGCGCAUUUCAGACGCACAGAAACCGACUUCUCCAAUCUGUUCGCCAGAGAUCUGUUGCCUGCCAAAAAUGGAGAGGAGCAGACUAUGCAGUUCCUGCUGGAGGUUGUGGAAAUCCUCACUAACUACAUCCGGAAGACCUUUGACCGGUCCACCAAGGUCCUGGACUUCCACCACCCCCACCAACUGCUGGAGGGCAUGGAGGGUUUCAACCUGGAGCUCUCUGACCAGCCAGAGUCUCUGGAGCAGAUCCUGGUGGACUGCAGGGACACCCUGAAAUAUGGAGUGAGGACAGGUCACCCCAGGUUCUUCAACCAGCUGUCCACUGGAUUAGAUAUCGUUGGGUUGGCAGGAGAGUGGCUCACAUCUACAGCCAACACUAACAUGUUCACCUAUGAGAUCGCCCCUGUCUUUGUACUCAUGGAGACGCUGACACUGACAAAGAUGAGAGAGAUAAUUGGCUGGCCCGAUGGAGAGGGUGAUGGCAUAUUUUCUCCAGGAGGAGCAAUCUCCAACAUGUACAGUGUGAUGAUUGCCAGAUACAAGUUCUUCCCUGAAGUCAAGACCAAAGGCAUGGCAGCUGCACCCAGACUGGUCCUCUUCACCUCAGAGCAUAGCCACUAUUCCAUCAAGAAAGCCAGUGCAGCUCUGGGCUUUGGAACAGAGAACCUGAUCCUGUUGAACACAGAUGAGAGAGGGAGAGUCAUUCCUGCUGAUUUGGAAGCCAAAGUAAUAGAAGCCAAGAAAAAGGGGCAUGUCCCCAUGUUCGUGAAUGCCACCGCUGGUACCACCGUCUACGGAGCCUUUGAUCCCAUCAAUGAAAUUGCAGACAUCUGUGAAAAGUACAACAUAUGGCUUCAUGUGGACGGUGCAUGGGGCGGAGGUUUGCUGAUGUCAAGGAAACACAGGCAUAAGCUGAAUGGAGUUGAGAGGGCCAACUCAGUCACCUGGAACCCUCAUAAGAUGAUGGGAGUGCCGCUGCAGUGCUCUGCCAUUCUGGUCAGAGAGAGGGGAUUAUUACAAGGCUGCAACUCCAUGUGCGCUGGUUACCUCUUCCAGCCAGACAAGCAGUACGACGUCACAUACGACACCGGAGAUAAGGCCAUUCAGUGUGGGCGACACGUUGAUAUCUUCAAGUUCUGGCUCAUGUGGAAGGCAAAGGGAACAGUAGGAUUUGAACAGCAUAUCGACAAGUGCCUGGAUCUUUCAUCGUACCUCUACAAUAAAAUAAAGGACAGAGAGGGCUUUGAGAUGGUGUUUAACGGAGAGCCGCAGCACACCAAUGUGUGUUUCUGGUACCUUCCUGCGAGCCUGCGCAGCUUGCCUGAUGGUGAGGAGAGGCGUGAGAGGUUGCACAAGGUUGCCCCAAAGAUCAAGGCCAUGAUGAUGGAGUCUGGGACUACAAUGGUGGGUUACCAGCCACAAGGAGACAAGGUCAACUUCUUCCGCAUGGUCAUCUCCAACCCUGCUGCUACCAGGUCAGACAUCGACUUCUUGAUCGAGGAGAUCGAGCGACUGGGGAAUGACUUGUAA